UAAUGCAAGCAUUACUAAUGCACCAUAUUUUGUAUUUGUUCUUAUACACUCUACCAAACGACCCCUUAGAGUGUGGGUAAGUAAUUAAGUUAGGGAUUUGUGGGAAAUGGACAAAUAUAAGAGAGUGCAGGGGAGUAGUGCAGGAGAUUUUCGUGCUUUUAUUGAUAAAUAAAAAAAGGGUGACAUUUAAUUUCCACAAGAGGACGCAACACAACACACUUAAUUCCUGUGUGUGAAUCAAUAAUUGACUUCUCCAAUCUUCAUCAAUAAAAUAAUUCACAAUCCUCACUCUCUUAUCACUCUCAUUCGAAAAGCUAGAUUUGCAUAGAGAGCACAAAAUGGCGACUGCAAAUGGAGCACACUUGUUCAACCAUUACAGCUCCAAUUCCAGAUUCAUCCAUUUCACUUCUAGAAACACAAGCUCCAAAUUGUUCCUUACCAAAACCUCCCAUUUUCGGAGACCCAAACGCUGUUUCCAUGUCAACAAUACCUUGAGUGAGAAAAUUCACCAUCCCAUUACUGAACAAGGU